GUUUUGUCCAUAGAAAGAAGCGGGGGAGGGUAGGCGCCUUGACUUUUCCGAGUCCUGACCUCACGUUCUGAGAAGCACCCAUCAAAAGGCAGACGCUUGGUUGGUCCGCCCUCCCGUCUCCUCCCUUCCCCCUUUUCUCCUGUCGGUGACCCGAAGAGGAGAAUCGAGCGGGAGUCGUGUCCCGGAAACUGAUCAUGGAGGGGAACAAGGACGAGGCUCAGAAGUGCCUGAGGAUCGGGCGGGAAGCCCUGGAGUCCGGCGAUCGCGCUCGUGCACAGAAGUUCAUCAGCAAAGCGCGCCGGCUCGAUCCGACGUUGGAUGUGGAUGAUCUCCUUGCUUCCUUCACCGCCGCCGACGUGAAUCCACCGUCGCCGAAUGAUUCUUCUUCAUCGGCUGCUGCACCAUCGUCCACCCAGUCGGGGCAGCCACCCCCUCCAUCGUCAGGGGAUUCAGCAAAUGGGUCUUCGUCGAGGACGUACACAGAUGAUCAGGUCGCGGUUGUGAGGCAAAUCAAAAAGCAGAAGGAUUACUAUGCGAUCAUGGGGCUGGAGAAGGGGUGUUCCGUUGAGGACGUCCGCAAGGCCUACAGGAAGCUGUCGCUGAAGGUCCACCCGGACAAGAACAAGGCUCCAGGGGCAGAAGAGGCGUUCAAGGCCGUCUCCAAGGCAUUCCAGUGCCUCAGCAACGAAGAGUCUCGAAAAAAAUACGAUCUGUUGGGAACUGAGGAGCCUACGUACGAUCGCCCAUCGGCGAGAUCCCACCAUUAUAAUGGGUUCUAUGAUGCAGACAUUGAUGCAGAUGAGAUUUUCCGGAAUUUCUUCUUUGGUAUGCCUCAAGGAGGUACCCCCUUCGGCGUCUACAGAUUCCGGACGGGGAGAGGGGCAAGCCAUCACCAUGGUGAAGCUCACAGCUCAGGGCCGUUUAAUUUCAGAGUUCUGGCUCAGGUUCUCCCUGUGUUACUCUUGCUGGUCUUGAAUUUUCUGUCCUCGCCGGAUCCCAUCUACUCCCUGCAACGUUCUCAUCCUUACAUUCUUCGGGUGGACACGCCAAAGGGUGUUCCUUAUUAUGUGAAGUCUGAGGCUUUCCACCAAGACUAUCCUCAGCAGAGCACGGAGCGCCUAAGGCUCGAGGAUCGUAUCGAAAGAGAAUAUUUCUCUAUACUUGCAAGCAAUUGUCGGGCCGAGCUGCAGCGUCUACAAUGGGGUUUUUCGUACCAGACACCACAUUGUGACAUGCUCAAGAAAUUCGAGACUGUUUGAUGAUUUGGAACCAAGCUUCUUUGUCCUGGACUUGGUGGGUCCCAUGUUUAGGUGGUUGUGGACCUCUCAUAUGAGUUCAAAUUUAAAUACAAGGGGAAAAAGUGUAACCUCCCCUUCCAAAGGCAUAAGCUCCGAUCCCAGCUGCCAGUUGCAACACAAUCUUCAGCAUGGUUGUCUAAGAGUACACCAAACACAUAAAAUUCGAUCUCAGCUACCGGUUCUGAGGCAGAGGUUAAAUACUUGAAUGUUUUUGUAAAGUGAAAGUCGGAUAUAGAAACAAAGUCUCAAAUUUAAGUUGGACAGCAAGCGAAGGCUUAAGAUUUAACUACAUUUGUUUGCCCAUUUUCACAUGUUCUUUAAUGUCAGUUAACACUCAUUUACGGCAAAAGUCUGCAUGUUUAUGCAUUGUGAAGGAGAAAACUCGGUGGGUUAUGUUGUGC